UCUCCAGAUCUGUUUCGAAACUCUCUCGUCAGUCGUCGUCACUCGUCUCUCGUCAGUCGCUUUUCGAUGUGUGUGUGAGUUGUUUCUUUUAGUCCCCAUCUGUGAAGUCGGUUGCGAGUUUAUUCACGGUCACACAGUUCAAACAGUUGGAGAGUUUUAUUCCCGGCUGCCCGUUUCGAACGUUUACUUCUCCGAUCGGAAGUGAUAUGAAAUAGUUGUUUUUCUUCUCCCGGACUCCUCCAGUUGACUUUCAUCAUGGCCAGUUCUUCGGGGUACGACACAAACAAGAUUUGCUGCAACGCCCAUCCGGACGCUUUUCUCAUUGAGGACCACAGGGCAGGUGACCAGAUCUGUUCCGAAUGUGGCCUUGUUGUUGGAGACAGGGUAAUAGACGUAGGUUCUGAAUGGCGUACUUUCAGCAACGAAAAGAGCGGCGUGGACCCGUCUCGUGUCGGUGGGCCAGAAAAUCCUCUUCUCAACGGUUCCGACCUUUCGACCAUGAUUGGCCCCGGGCGAGGUGAUGCUUCUUUCGACGACUUUGGCAUCUCCAAAUACCAAAACCGCAGGACGAUGAGCAGCUCGGACAGGGCGCUGAUAGUCGCUUUCAAAGAAAUAAACAGCAUGGCUGAUAGAAUCAACCUACCAAAGACUAUAAUCGAUAGAGCAAAUAACCUUUUCAAGCAGGUGCACGACGGCAAGAAUCUUAAAGGAAGAGCGAAUGAUGCUAUCGCCUCGGCCUGCUUGUAUAUUGCAUGUCGACAAGAGGGAGUUCCCAGAACAUUCAAGGAAAUAUGUGCUGUCAGCAAGAUAAGUAAAAAAGAAAUUGGAAGGUGUUUUAAACUGAUACUCAAGGCGCUCGAAACGAGUGUUGAUCUUAUUACAACUGGAGAUUUUAUGUCGCGUUUUUGCUCCAACCUUGGGCUGUCUAUCAUGGUGCAAAGGGCAGCUACUCACAUUGCCCGCAAAGCUGUGGAAAUGGACAUUGUCGCGGGAAGAUCUCCUAUAUCAGUCGCCGCCGCUGCAAUCUACAUGGCCUCACAAGCAUCUUACGACAAGAGGAGCCAGAAGGAAAUUGGGGACAUAGCCGGUGUCGCCGACGUGACAAUCCGACACUCUUACAAACUGAUGUACCCUCAUGCUGCGAAAUUGUUCCCAGAAGAAUUCACUUUCACCACUCCCAUCGAUCAGUUGCCGAUGAUGUAGACAACCCAGAUGCUCAGUCGAAGUUUUGCAAAUUCAUGCUGUUUGUACAUAAAGCGUAUUGAUUUUUCUGAUUUGUAUGUAUUCAUUGUAUUCAUAAUACGAUAUUGGAUGAUAAGAUCAUUUCAUCAUUCAAUGUUUUUAUCAAUUUUUCAACCUUAUUCCAUGAUGUAACGUUGUAAACAAAUAGUAUGUACAUUAGGGUCAUAUAUUUUUUUUAUUUAAAAACGCAUAAGUGAGCAAUAUAAUUAUAGUGAAGUUACAAUAUAAUUUUUUAAAAUAAAAUAACUUUAUAGAAGAUUGUAUAAAAUCCCAAAAUAAUGUAAUAUUAUCAAUUAUAUCUGGGAUGAAUUUGAACUAUUGGAAAUGCUUUUCCUUAAGAAAAACCAUCCCAGAAAUCACAUUAUAAAUAAAAUAAACACUAAUUUGCA